AUGGCACGACAAUUCAUCCCAAUCUUUCUCUGUCUCCUUGUCUUGAGUCUUUGUGCGCUGGCCGCACCCAUCGAGAAGCGAGGAAAGAAGUACAAGGGGCAAGGAACCUACUAUACUCCUGGACUUGGAUCAUGCGGGAUCGAGAGUACAGCCAAAGAUAUGAUUGCAGCCUUGAACGCACCUCAAAUGGGAUCAAGUGGCAACCCAAAUUCCAACAAAAAUUGCGGAAAAAAAGUGAAAGUGAAGGGUCCCAAAGGAUCGGUUACUGUCAAGAUUAUUGAUACCUGUCCGGGAUGCGCCAAAGGUGAUUUGGACCUCUCACCAGCCGCUUUUGCACGCAUAGCAGACCUUGACGACGGCCGCGUUUCCAUCACUUGGUCCUUCUAA